UGGGAAGCUGACCAGCAAGUUUUUCCUUUUAGCCCUCUCUACCAGAUGCCGACGAUAUAAGUACUGCCUCUUCCUGUAUAUCUGAUGCUAUUGUGUCAUCCAGAGACACGCCCUCGGCAAUCGGCAUUGUGUAUUGUUUCCUCUUCCUAGGCCGGGAUCUCUCUCUGAGAGAGGCAUAUUUUCUUCCUGUUCUGUUGUCAGGCGAUUCAUCAAGAAAUGAGAGACAGAAUUGAAAGGCUUGUCCUCCUCCCAUUUGCCGUCGGCUGUAUGUCUGAAUCAAGUGUCGCUGUAGCUAACCAGAAUAACCAGCAAUCGAAGAAUGGUGGCUCACCACCAUUAAGGACUGAUCAGGAAACGACAGAUCGAGACCAGGAGGAAGAAGGGAGCUUGCCCGAUGAAAGUGCGAAUGGCUCCUUCAGUUUGAUGGCUCUAUCAAAGCCCAACAUAUCGACCGGCAUUCAUAGGCUAUUCAAAGGCUUCAGAAGCUUCUCUCACUUAUUUGUGUACAAGGAGGAAGACAUGGAAGGGGAGGAGAUGGAGAUAGAAAUUGGACUCCCAACAGACGUGAAGCAUGUGACCCACAUCGGAUGGGAUGGAUGUGCAGCCCUCGACCCCAUCAAGGGCUGGGAUCGUCUCGUCCCUCCCGAUCACGAGCCGCUCCACUCUCCCGACCAGCAUGAUCUGCUCUUUCCCUCUUCUGCCGAUGCUUGUUUAGCACAGCCUGAGCAUUCCAGAUCAACCGCGUAGGCGAGAACUGCUCCUCUUCGUGCGGAUGAUGCUGAUGAGUUAUGUUUGGUGUCAGUUCAGACCUUUCUCCCGUAUUUAAUUUGUGUAAAAAGAAAACUGUAUCCCAGAUGAAGCUUGAAUCAUAGGCAAGAUAUGAUAUUAUAUAGUAUCACCAUUGCUUUGGUGGACUAAGAAGCUUCUUA